AUGACUGCUUCAGAUCUCUUGACGCUGCCACAAUUGUUGGCGCAAUAUUCCUCGAGUGCUUCCCAAAAUAAAGUGUUCUACACUACUAGCACAAAAAAUAGUCAUUCAUCCUUCAAAGGGUUAGAAUCUGCUGUGACAGAUGCUACUCAUCUGUUGAAUAAUCAAGACCCAUUAAAUGCCAUCAAAAAUCAACUUUCCAGAGAUAUUUUAACUACUGUUUUUACAGAUGAAACUACUUUGGUCAAGUCCAUUCACCAUUUAUAUUCCCUACCUAACAUGCUUCCAUUGGUGAUCACAGUGGAUUUGAACUUGCAAGAUUAUUCUGUGAUUCCUGCACUGAAAGAUCUUUCUUUCCCCAUCUUAAUAUCUUCUGAUUUACAAACUGCAAUUUCGAACGCAGCUUCUUCUUACCAGAUUGCUGCAAAUUCUCUGAGCCCAGUUUUUCAUUUUAUUAAUUUGGAAAAAAUUGGCACGAGUACAGUUAUCGAACAAGAUAUCGACGUUCCAACUUUGGAGAUUGCUACCGAAGAAACUGCAGUAGCGUUGCAAGAGAUUGCUGUUCCAUUGGCGAAUUUCGAACUGGUCAAGGGCAAAGACUCGCCCACAACUGUUAUUGUUAACUUGUCUCCAUAUGAUGCAGAAUUAGGCAAUGUAUUACCUCCAAGCGCCGGCCUGAUUAAAAUCAAAGUCUACAGACCAUGGAAUUUUUCCAAGUUUUUAGAAAUACUGCCAUCUUCCGUUACAAAAAUUGCUGUUUUGCAAGGUGUCUCUAAGAAAUCACAGUCAAACGAGUUUCAACCAUUUCUUUUGGACUUCUUCAGUAACUUUAAUGACUUGGUGUCUAGAAAUAUCGAACAGGUGGUGCUAACUAAUGUUGGUAUCGUAGAUGAUUACCAAAACAUUGUUAAUACCGUUAUAUCGAAUAUCAACAAAAAGGAACCAGACACUAACCUAUUCUUGGGUAAAUCCAAUGAAAAGGCCGAGGAACAAGCUGAAGUUGCUCAGUUGAUCUCUUCCAUCAACAAAGUUGUGAAUUUAGAAGACGCCUAUAUAAAAGUACUAAAACAGUUAUUUUCAUCGAAUUUACAAGUUUUGAAUCAAUUUUCUAGUGAUACGAUUGAAGCAAGUAAUCCGGAAUUUGGUUUUGGCCGCUUUUUGAAACAAGAAACUCAACGUGAAGAACUAAUCAACUUGGCUAAAUCCUCACUUGAUCCAAGUCUUUACUUUUCGGAGGAUGCGAACAAAAUUGUUCAAUUAUUAUCGAAAUGGUUAGCAUUCCAUGGGCAGGAUCUUGAUGAAGCUCAAUUACAGGAAGCCAAUGCAACAGGUUUGGAAAUAUUUCAAUUGUUGCAAUCUAAUCAAGAUUCUUCAACCGCUUUAAAAUUUCUAGAGAUAGCCCCAUCAAGCGAUUCUUUUAUUUUCAAAUCAAGUUGGCUUAUUGGUUCCGAUGCUUGGUCUUAUGAUUUAGGUCACUCAGGUAUUCAACAAGUUUUAUCUUCUCGCAAAAACAUUAACGUUCUAUUGAUUGAUUCAGAACCGUAUGACCAUAGAAAACAGAACCAAGAUAGAAAGAAAGAUGUUGGCUUAUACGCAAUGAACUACUACAGUGCCUACGUAGCCUCCGUCGCCGUCUAUGCCUCGUACACCCAACUAUUGACUGCGAUUAUAGAGGCUUCUAAGUAUAAUGGUCCUUCUAUCGUUUUAGCUUACCUGCCAUAUAAUUCAGAAAAUGAUACUCCAUUAGAAGUUCUAAAGGAAACCAAGAAUGCUGUUGAAUCUGGCUAUUGGCCAUUGUAUAGGUUUAAUCCAAUCUAUGACGAUCCAUCAACAGAUAAGGAGGCAUUCAGCUUAGAUUCUUCGGUAAUCAGGAAGCAAUUACAAGACUUCUUAGACCGUGAAAACAAGCUGACUUUAUUAACCAGAAAGGACCCAUCCUUAUCAAGAAAUUUAAAGCAAUCUGCCGGUGAUGCAUUGACGAGGAAACAAGAAAAAAGAAGUAAAGCUGCCUUUGAUCAACUAUUGGAAGGUUUAUCAGGGCCACCAUUGCACAUAUACUACGCUUCAGAUGGUGGCAAUGCUGCAAACUUAGCAAAGAGACUAGGAGCAAGAGCCUCUGCAAGAGGUUUGAAGGCUACCGUACUAUCCAUGGAUGAAAUCAUACUGGAAGAGCUACCUGGUGAAGAAAAUGUAGUUUUCAUAACUUCCACCGCUGGACAAGGUGAAUUUCCUCAAGACGGUAAGUCAUUCUGGGAGGCCCUAAAGAACGAUACAGACUUGGAUUUAGCGACCCUGAACGUUGCUGUUUUUGGUCUAGGUGAUUCAGAAUAUUGGCCACGUAAAGAGGAUAAACAUUAUUUUAACAAACCUUCACAAGAUUUAUUCAAGCGUUUAGAAUUACUAAGUGCUAAGACCUUAAUUCCACUAGGACUGGGUGAUGAUCAAGAUGCCGAUGGUUUCCAAACUGCUUAUUCUGAGUGGGAACCUAAGUUAUGGGAAGCUCUUGGUGUUUCCGCCGCUGCUGUCGACGAUGAGCCAAAACCUGUUACUAACGAAGAUAUCAAGAGGGAGUCUAAUUUCUUAAGAGGAACCAUCAGUGAAAAUCUAAAAGACACAUCUUCCGGUGGUGUCACUCACGCUAAUGAACAAUUGAUGAAAUUUCACGGUAUUUACACUCAAGACGAUCGUGACAUUAGAGAAAUACGUAAGUCGCAAGGUUUAGAACCAUACUAUAUGUUCAUGGCAAGAGCUCGUUUACCAGGUGGUAAAACCACCCCACAACAGUGGCUUGCUCUGGAUCAUUUAUCUGAUACUUCAGGUAAUGGUACUUUAAAAUUAACCACGAGAGCAACUUUUCAAAUCCAUGGUGUUUUAAAAAAGAACUUGAAACAUACCUUGAGAGGGAUGAACGCGGUUCUUAUGGACACACUUGCCGCUGCAGGUGACGUUAAUAGAAAUGUUAUGGUUUCAGCUUUACCAACCAAUGCUAAGGUUCACCAACAAAUCGCUGACAUGGGAAAAUUGAUUUCUGAUCAUUUCUUACCAAAGACUACAGCCUACCAUGAAGUUUGGUUAGAAGGGCCAGAAGAACAGGACGAAGAUCCAUCAUGGCCAUCUAUCUUUGAAAAUAGAAAAGAUGGUCCCAGAAAAAAGAAGACACUAGUCAGUGGUAACGCUUUAGUUGAUAUAGAACCAAUUUACGGUCCAACUUAUUUGCCAAGAAAGUUCAAGUUUAACAUCGCUGUCCCUCCAUACAAUGACGUUGAUGUCUUAUCUAUCGACGUCGGUUUGGUCGGUAUUGUUAACCCAGAAACUCAAAUCGUAGAGGGUUACAAUGUAUUUGUUGGGGGUGGUAUGGGUACCACACAUAACAAUAAGAAGACUUAUCCAAGAUUAGGUUCAUGCUUAGGUUUUGUUAAAACUGAAGAUAUUAUCCCCCCAAUGGAAGGUAUUGUCAUUGUCCAAAGAGAUCACGGUGAUCGUAAGGACCGUAAACAUGCUCGUUUAAAGUAUACUGUAGAUGAUAUGGGUGUUGAAGGCUUCAAACAAAAAGUAGAAGAAUAUUGGGGUAAGAAGUUCGAGCCUGAGAGACCAUUCGAGUUCAAGUCUAAUAUUGAUUACUUUGGAUGGAUUAAAGACGAAACUGGAUUAAACCACUUCACUGCAUUUAUUGAAAAUGGUAGAGUUGAGGAUACUCCAGAUUUACCCCAGAAGACUGGUAUCAGAAAAGUUGCUGAAUACAUGCUCAAGUCUAAUUCCGGCCAUUUCAGACUUACUGGUAAUCAACAUCUGGUCAUUUCUAAUAUUACAGAUGAACAUAUUGGUGAAAUAAAAUCUAUUCUGAAGGCUUAUAAAUUGGAUAACACUGAUUUCAGUGGGUUGAGAUUAUCUUCAUCAUCCUGUGUUGGUCUGCCAACAUGUGGUUUGGCGUUCGCUGAAUCUGAACGUUUCCUACCUGAUAUCAUUACCCAAUUGGAAGACUGUUUAGAAGAAUAUGGUUUACGUCACGAUUCUAUUAUUAUGAGAAUGACUGGUUGUCCUAAUGGUUGUGCUCGUCCUUGGUUGGGUGAAUUGGCCCUUGUUGGUAAGGCUCCCCACACUUACAACUUGAUGCUUGGUGGUGGUUAUCUUGGCCAAAGACUAAACAAAUUAUAUAAAGCCAAUGUGAAAGAUGAGGAAAUUGUUGAUUACAUCAAACCAUUAUUUAAAAGGUACGCUUUAGAAAGAGAAGACGGUGAACACUUUGGUGACUUCUGUAUAAGAGUCGGCAUCAUCAAACCAACCACUGAAGGUAAAUACUUCCAUGAAGAUGUGUCUGAAGAUGCCUAUUAG